UAAUUUAUUUGUGCAUUAUUACAUUGCAAGUAUCGGAGCUCUUUUGAAUCUGUAACUGUGAGGGAGACGAUUUCUUUACAAUAAAGGUUAAAUACAUCUCAAUUAUUAACCUUUUUCAGCUAUGUUUUUUAAAUCAUCGUUUUUUGCGUUUCAGAAGCUUUGCCAACUGAAAUGGACUGUAAAUAUAUCUGUUAACAGCUUUGCUGCAUAGUAACUGAUGUUGUAUUGGCCAUAUUAUGAUUAGCUAUUGUACACAGUCAUUUCCAAAAUUAAAAAAAAUACCUGUCUGGUUAAAAUACACUUUGCUAUUGCAGUCUAGGCUUUCCGCAGUAAAUUACAGAACACUUUGUAGUUUAGUGGUGGGAUAUAAGAAUGAAAAUUUAAAACAAUAACAAAUUAUUAUGAGUUACGUAGGCAUGCCUACACUUAUGAAGUGGCAAAUUAUGCUAUAGACCUGUAAUGGUUCAAACAGCAAUGCAAUGGGCGUCUAAUUUGCCUGUUUUGUUCAAAACGGUUUGUGUGAACCAUACUGUAUACACGAGGCUUUCUCUAAAAUGAGAAACGUUUGUUAGUGAAGAGAUUUUGCUUUCCUGGAAAUCAAACAAAAUAAACAGCUGAGAAUAAAUUCGAAUCAUUUGCCAUGAUAUAGGAAAACUAUAAUGCACGUGUAAAAAUAUAUCAUUGUAAAAAAAAGGGGCAAACUAAUUAUGAAAAGAUUAGACAUUAGCCAAGUGUUAAAUAUUUAGAAUUUUGCCAAAACAUUUAACCAUUGGCAAAAAUAUUUAGUGUUUACAUUUUGUGUAGUAUAGGGCAAUUUAUUUCCUAUUCAAUAUUUCUUCACAGUCUUUCCGUAUACAAUGCACAAAUACAUAUUACAGUAAUUUUCCAAAAGUGAUGGUAGCUUAACUGAUUUAUUACAAAAUCCAGGCAUUUAAGUGUAAAUGAACACCCUUAACGGUACAGUCUUUUUGCUUAUACCUCCUAUGUGAUGCUGAGCCAACAGAAGGUCAAUCUAGUGCUGUGCAAACCAGUUCCUAUAAAUGCUGGUACCAGGAUGUUAGUUUGGAACUGGUGAAAAGGGUUUUGAUGGGAGCUAUCAUGCAGAAUGAUUCCUUGUGUGGUGCUGCAUAAUGAUUUAAUGCUCCAGUUUGUGGUUGGAGUUCCAGUAUUCCUUGCAGAUGCCUCUCCACAAGUUCCCUCCGCGGGUCUGGGAAGCUCUGAAGAUGAAGCAAAGAAUCUACACCCGGCUCCCAGGGCACUACCUGCGCUCCCUGCAGGAGAGUCGCCCGCCCGCCGCAGUGCAUUGGAAACCCCUGGGGGUCAACUCUCAUGUGAACCCCAAAACAGGGCAUCGCGAGCGGGUGCAGGACGUUCCCAUCCCAGCCUACUACCCCCCAGAGUCUCAGAGCGGCAUGUGGGGUGGCGAGGGCUGGAUAGUGGGAUACAGGUACGCCAAUAACGACAAGCUUUCUAACCGUCUAAAGAAGGUGUGGAAGCCCCAGUUGUUUAACAGGGAGCUGUACAGUGAGAUUCUCGACCACAAGUUCAAAAUCACAGUGACGGCACGCACUCUGGACCUCGUCGAUGCAGCUUAUGGGCUUGACUUCUACAUCCUCCGGACUCCACAGGAAGACCUGAACUCCAAGCUGGGGAUGGAUUUGAAACGGGCCAUGUUGUUACGACUAGCUCGUAAAGACACUGAGCUGUACCCUGAAAACCCAGCAAAGAGAGAGACUGUAUUUAACAAAUACAAGGAGUUUGUGAUGCCGGUGGAGGAGGCGGAGUGGGUAGGACUCAGUCUGGAAGAAGCUGUGGAGAAGCAGAGGCUGCUGGAGAAGAAGGACCCUGAGCCGCUGUUUAAAGGCUUUGUGGAGGAUUUGGUGCAGGAGCUUGCCACUCGGAAGCUGUCCGAGCCAGAGAUUGUGGAGAAGAAAUCCUGAAGAGGGGGUCUAGGUAGCCUAGCGUUCAUCUUCUGGUGAGGACCUCAGCGAGAGUAUUCGGGCAGCUCUGCCUGGGCAGAGAUGAAUGUCAGAUACCCACUACAUUGCAGUUUGAGCUUAGACAUCAAACCUGGAGUGGCUCAAACUGCUAUGCAGUGUAAGCUUUACUGCCAUCCCUGCAGAGUACAAGGACCCUAUAGUCAAUGGCACACCACUAACCCUAUCCCUGUACUCCUCUUCCAGUAAACAUCUCGACUUCAAACAACCCACAAGUUUUACGGUUCACAAAUUGCUAUACCCACAUACCUCAUUUGGGGUUUAUUCGGAAUACCUGUAUUUUGCUUUGUAAAUUUGUGUUUUUGAAGAAAACACCUGUACAUAAAUUUCCAAUAAAAUGCAAUGUUUCUUUAAUGAG